AUGGCAUCUCCUGAUGAAGAUGGGCGGCCCUCGCUGCCCAACCCCUGGGACGCCAUCCUUGAGGCCGCCAAGCAUCAGCUCCCAUCUCUGGACUCGGAUUCCUCCUCGUCAGACCGCGAGGACGAGGAGCUGUUCAUCUUCCAGCGAAAUGAAACCACCCUGAUUCCAGACUUGUCAGAGGAACUGGCCGACGACCCUGCUGAGGCCUGGGUGACUUCCUCUGAGUCUCUUCCUGAGCUAGCUGCGGUGCCUGUAGAAUCCGCCAUGGAGCCCUGGGGCGAGUGGAAUGCAUGCCCCCAGCCCCAGGAGUCAGCCCCUCUGGAAGGAAGGGCCCUCGGCAAGAGCAGCUCUCUUCUCAGGAUGUCUGCAAAGAGCCCCCCACGGCAGGAUGAUGAUGCGAGUGGGACCCUCAACACCAGUGCGUCACAGAGUCCUCGCCAGGGCCCUCAGGGAGAGGCCACCCGCUCUGCUCAGGAAGCAGGCCUGCAGAUAGAGCCCCCGGGCGCAGCCUCAGAGGCCCAGGAAGGCUCGGACGCAGCCAACCACAGAGGCCUGCGGAGGGAGAGGAGGAAGAUGAUUGAGAAAGACAUCCUCCACAAAGUCACCUGGGACAGCCAGGACGCAGCCUGCCCUGACGCGAGCCGAGGGAAGGAGAAGGCCUGCGACGGUGUGGAGGUGCCUUCAGAGGGGCCCCUGGGGUGUCUGCCCGUGCUUUCCCUCCAGGAACUUGAAGAGUGGGAUUUGGAUCAAGUCCUUCUGAGUCUGACUGGGCGAGAAGAGGACCGGGGAGAUGGUGCUCCUGGAGCUGCGUGGUGGGCGGCUGACCGCCUCAAGGGCCAAGACCACACCGAGCCUAGCACCCAGGACCGGCUCAUGGAACGUCUGAGCCUCCUGUGUGCCAGGCAGUCCACAGCCACCCGCAGGGCCCAGCCAGGCUACGAGACUGCACGGGGAAGAGUCGGCUCCUCCAGCAGCUCAGGGCAUCUCGGGAGGCGUCGGCUCGGCCUCAGCUGCCUACUGGCGAGAGUCCUGUCAGUCAGAAGGCUCAGGCCCCUGGAGAUCUGGCCGGGUCCAGCCCUGGGGUGA